AUCCUUAAGGCCAAGGCUGUUGCUGUUGCUCGCACUUCUGUGGAUUCAAAUGUCCGUGUAUUACAUAUCCUAGAGGUGCAUAUCGAUGCGGUAGCUACGGAGACUAUGCGGCAACUGUCUUGCUCGGUUAUUUUGGGGGCUGGCGAAAAGCAUUCGCUCUCUUCGCUAGUAUUGGAGAAGGCGGAGAAGGUGAAAGCGUCGCGUUUGUACCGGGACAGCGUCAAAUGGUCUACACGUCGCGCAUAUCGAGUCCACAUGCGAGUGAAUGGCUGGGCAGUUGAUGUAGUCGCCAACUCGUGUGGCUGCGCUAUGCAUUUGAAGUUAAUCUGCGCGCUCAUAGUUUAA